CGACAAGAAUGACUGCACAAGACGUUACAGUCGUAUCAGCACCGGGCAAGGUGUUGAUCGCGGGUGGAUAUUUGGUACUAGAACCAGCUUAUCCAGGUCUAGUGAUUUCAACAACAUCUCGCUUCUAUACUGUGAUCACCAAAAAGAAAGCCAAGCAAGCAUCUUCCAGUACAACACAUUCUUCUCAAUUACGUAUCAGUGUUCAGUCACCCCAAUUCAUUGACGCAAAAUGGGAUUAUCUAGUAGAAUUGCAAGGUCAAGAUAAAUGCUUGACUCGUCAAAGCAGAGAAUCGUAUGAGAAUUCAAAUGCUGGCAAGAAUCCAUUCGUUGCUCUUUCUAUACUGUAUGCUGUUCGACUUGCUUUGGAGGCUACUAGUGCUGACGAUGUACGUGCCGCAAUCACGGACGAACAUGGAAGUUAUCUGGACGUGAACGUGCUGGCAGAUAACGAUUUUUAUUCGCAACGUAGUACAGAUGGAUCCGCACCUUCUGCAGAAGCACUCCAGGAAAUUCCGCCUUUCAAUGCACAAAAUUGCGCAAUUAGAGAUGUUCACAAGACAGGUCUUGGAAGUAGUGCAGCAAUGACUACUUCCUUGGUUGGUGCUUUGCUUGUUCAGUUAGGCGUAGUACAUGCUGAUCCUGCUACAGGUGGAAUUGCAGGUGAUGAAGCUUUGGCACUCGUUCACAAUACCGCUCAAUUGGCUCAUUGUGCUGCACAAGGUAAAGUCGGUUCAGGUUUCGAUGUGAGUGCGGCUGUAUGGGGAAGUCAGCUAUACAGACGGUUUGACAAAGAAGCAAUUCAAGGCUUACUGGACGCAGGCGAAGCUGUUGGCGUGGAAGGAGAUGAUGCAAGCUCCUCUUCAGAUCAACUAGAAUUGGCACCUUUUCUCGAUCCUAGAAAUCGAUCUUGGCAACCUUCACCUUUAGGCAAAGGCAGCAAGGGUGGCUCUAACCCAACGGCCGUAGAAGGUUUGGCAUCAGCAUCUAGUACGGGAGGAGAUAGUAUCGCAAGGCCGGCACCAUUGGAACUUCCACCGUUCGUAGAAAUGAUGUUGGCAGAUGUUGAUGCAGGAAGCAAUACACCCAGCAUGGUAGGCAAGAUCUUAGAAUGGCGGAAGUCCAAUCCUGAAUGGGCACAACAGAUGUGGACAAUCUUGGCUGCUGGUAAUCAAACAUUAGCUGAUGGCUUGUUGGCAUUACGAUUAGCACAUGCUCAAAAUAGUGCAGAGUACUUGCAAGCUGUUCAAUUGGCUUCUCAACAUUUCAGUAAAGAUUGGGAUAAGAUUGUUAGAGAGCAUCCCAGUACGACAUUGACGCUACUUGUUGAAGUACGCAAUGCAAUGCGAUCCAUACAGGGAGGAAUGCGAGCACUGGGCAGACAAGCAGGUGUGCCUGUCGAACCAGACGAGAUGGGUAACGUGAUCAAAGCUACGAUUGAUGGUGCACAUGCUGUUUUGGGAGGAGGUGUGCCAGGCGCAGGAGGGUAUGAUGCUUUGUUUGUAUUAUAUCUCAAAGUGCCAAAGGCGGAAGAUACACAGGAUAACAACUUACCCGUCGAAAAGGAGAUCGAAGGCGUUUGGUCACAUUGGAAAGCUCUGAGUGUUGGUCCUUUGUUGUCGAAAGCAGGUGGAGCAGCUGGCGUCAUCUCAUCAGCUGAUCAAGUUCAUUCCGCUUUAUUGCAACAGGGUGCACCAUCAUCGCUUCCUGUUCUUUCAUCGAGCGGAAACACUGAAGCAGGCGGACUACGACUCCAUUCUCUGGACGAUAUCAAGGGACUGCGACAAGCGAUCGAGAAUGCGGCAAGUGCGGAUUAAAUCUUGCUAAUUAUAAAGAGUUUGUAGAUUAUUACAUGGAAAG